AUGGCGCCUGAUGACCUUCCGAAUGUGGACGCUGGUGGGGUGGUAGGCAAGGACAAGGGGAACUCCAUCGUUACAGUGGGAGGGAAGAGAGGGGGCGAGGACGGAAGUGUGGGAGAUGGUUCGGAUCCAGUUGAGGGCUCUGUUGACGGCAGUGCUGGGGAGCGCCUCCACCUCUACCUCCAAGGAGAAUUGCAGAAAGCUAAAGAAUGGAGAGAUCUGGGAGUCCUCAUCCGUGAGUCACAACAAGCUAGUAUCCAAUUUGGCAGAGAUCUUAGAGGGAAUUCUUUUCAUUGUGAUUGCAAACUGAAAUGGCUAGUGGCGUGGUUAAGCAGCACAAAUGCAACGGUUGAUCAGGUUGACUGUGCCAGUCCAGUGGAGUAUCAGGAUGAUAAAAUUAAUAAUCUCUCACUGAAGGAAUUUGACUGCAUAACUACAGAAUUUGUCCUUGAUCAGUCUCUACAGUUUCAGUCCCUUUCCAUUGAAGCCUUCACUUUCAUGAAUGAUGCCCAUGUUGUUAUUGCUCAACCUAUCGUGGGGAAGUGCAGCUUUUUUGAAUGGGAUCACGUGGAGAUGGUUUUCAGAAAUUAUGACAACAUUGUUGGCAGCUCCACUGUGUUUUGCAAACCACUGAUCAUUGAUGCUCAGCUGUUUGUUAUUGUGGCCCAGCUGUUUGGCGGCUCCCAUAUCUACAAAAGGGAUAGUUUUUCUAACAAGUUCAUCAAGAUGCAAGACGUGGACAACUUCAAAAUCAGAAAACCCAAUGACAUUGAAACAUUUGAAAUAGAAGGAGAGAGGUACUUUGUGAUUGCAGACACUUCAAAGGCUGGUUCAACUACUGUGUACAAGUGGAAUGGAAAUGGAUUUUACUCCCAUCAGAGUCUCCAUUCUUGGUUCAGAGACACAGAUGUGGAAUAUCUUGAAAUAGCUAACAAGCCACAUUUAAUCUUGUCAAGUAGUUCCCAACGUCCUGUCAUCUUCCAGUGGAAUAAAAGCCAGAAGGAGUUUGUGUGGCGCACGGAUAUCCCAGACAUGGAAGAUGUGUACGCAGUGAAACAUUUUGUUGUUAAUGAUGAUCUCUACAUUUGCCUGAACAGAUUCAUAGGCGACUCCAAAAUGAUGAAAUGGGAGAACUCCAGGUUUGUGGUGAAACAGUCCUUUCCCUCCCGCGGUGCCAUGGUUUUUCAACCUCUCAGAAUAAACAACUGGCAGUAUGCUAUCCUUGGGAGUGACUACUCAUUCACCCAGAUCUACCGCUGGGAAAACAAUAAAGAGAAAUUUGUAAAAUUCCAAGAACUAAACAUCCAGGCUCCGCGAUCAUUUACAUUUGUGGUGACAGACAAUCGUGAGUUCAUGUUCAGCUCAAGUUUCAAAGGAAAUACACAAAUAUACAAACAUAUCACCAUUGAUUUGAGCACAAUAUGAGAAAACAUUCAAGCCUAUUUAAGAAUCAGUAAAAUGACAUCUUAAAAGUAGCUUUGGGAAAUAAUAUUUACAUGGACGUGAUAAUGAAACAUAUGCAUGAUUUAUCAUUGUUCUGCAAUGAAUGCUAUCAGGUUCCGGUUUACUGGGAAAAAUAUUUCUAUUCCUAGUGUUCAUUUUCCCUAUUUUCGAUUGCAUUACGCAUAGUGGUUUCUGAACUCUUACCGUAACACAGCGAGCAAUUAACUGUUGUACUUUGCUGAUGCAAGCUGUAAAUAUAUGUGUAAUCAUACCUGUUACUACAGCCAAUAUUGAGAUGUACAUUUUCAUUUAUUUAUUCUACUGAAUGAACAAUCUUACAAAUAAAAUCUUUACAUUUUGGGUUGUUUUUAACAAAAAUUAUUUCACACCAUUAACUCCUGAAGGAAAAUGUUCUCUUUGCUAAUGUGAGAAAUAUU